GGGGGCGGAGCGGCCGCCCAGCACCAUCGAGAGCGGAGCGGAAGCGGAAGGGCGAGGGGCGAUGCGGCGGGUGAGGUGGCAGCGGCGCAGCGCGGACGGGACGGGCCCGCUGCUGUCUCCCGCGCCCUCGGCCCGGAGCCCCGGCCCGCCCCCGGCGCUGCCGCCGGCCUGCGGGUGAGAGAGCCCCGCUCGCCAUGUCCCCCGGGAGCUCGGUCCGGCCGUAGCCGCCGCGAUGCGCUUGGGCGCGGUGCUGGGCGCGCUGCGGCCCGCUCUGCCGCUCCUGCUCGGGCUGUCCCUCGGCUGCAGCCUGAGCCUCCUGCGUGCCUCCUGGAGCCACGGCGCGGCCGAGGAGCGAUGCCUGGCACCGGGCCGACCUGCGCCGCCCGCCCGCGGGGCUCCGCCCGAGGCAGCGGAGGGGGGGCCGGGCCCGGGCCACGAGGACUUCAGGCCCCGCAUUGUGCCGUACUACAGAGACCCCAACAAGCCUUACAAAAAAGUGCUCAGCUCUUUGUCAUAUAGGUAUGUCCUUCCUUUACAGAACUCGCUAUAUCCAGACAGAAUUGGGAUUCCAUGAGAGACUGUUUGUGGCUGUGCUGACCUCCAAGGCCACCAUGAACACGUUGGCAGUGGCAGUGAACAAGACGGUGGCCCACCACUUCCCACGCCUGCUGUACUUCACGGGGCUGCGCAGUGCCAAGGUGCCCCAUGGAAUGGUGCUGGUGGCCCACGGAGACGAGCGGCCCAUUUGGCUCAUGUACGAGACCAUGAACUAUAUCCAUCAGCAUUUUGGUUCUGACUAUGACUGGUUCUACAUCAUGCAAGAUGACACCUAUGCCCAGGCUGAGCAGGUCAAGGCUCUGGUGACGCACCUGAGCAUUAACCAGGAUGUGUACCUGGGGCGAGCGGAGGAGUUCAUCGGGGGGGAUGAGCAGGCCCGCUACUGUCAUGGGGGCUUUGGCUACCUGCUCUCCCGUAGCCUGCUGCUGAAGCUCCACCCACACCUGGACAGCUGUCGCAAUGAGAUACUCAGUGUGCGGCCAGAUGAGUGGCUGGGCCGUUGCAUCAUUGAUUUCCUUGGCAUCACUUGCGUUUCCCAGCUCCAGGGCCAGCAUUAUCACACCUAUGAACUGGCCAAGAAUACUGAGCCAGAGAAGGAGGAAGAAGAGGAGUUCCAAGCAGCUCUUGCAGUGCACCCUGUUUCCGACAUGACCCUGAUGUACCGGCUGCACAAGCAGUUCAGCAGGAUCCAGCUGGACAGAGCCUACCGGGAGAUACAGGACCUCCAGAUGCAGAUCAGGAACUUGACAGCACUGACCCCUGCAGGCGAGGCAGGCGUGACCUGGCCUGUGGGAAUAAACGCCCCGUUCCUUCCAAAGUCCCGCUUUGAGGUGAUCAACUGGGACUACUUCACUGAGCAGCACCUCUUCUCCUGUCCUGACGGCUCCCCAAAGUGUGAGCUAUCUGGAGCCAGCAAAGCAGAUGUUGGUGAGAUCAUUGAGUCGGCGCUGGAGCAGCUGAACCGUCGGUACCAGCCCCUGCUCCGCUUCAGCAAGAGGCAGCUGCUCAACGGCUACCGGCGCUUUGACCCCACGCGGGGCAUGGAGUACACACUGGACCUGCUGCUGGAGGCUGUCACCCAGAAGGGCCACAGUCACGUUCUGGCUAAGCGAGUGAGCUUGGUGCGACCCUUAAGUAAGGUGGAAAUUAUUCCCAUGCCAUAUGUGACAGAGGCCACACGGGUGCAGCUGGUGCUUCCCUUGACAGUGCAGGACCUGGAUUAUGUGGCAAACUUCCUGGAUAUGUUUGCUAUGAACACACUGGACACGCAUGAUAAUGCCUUGCUGACUUUGCUUUUUGUCUACCAUCCCUACGAUGCCCAGAGAGUCGGUCAGGUGGAUGUUUUUGCUGGAGUCAAAGCCAUGGUAGGAGAGCUGGAGAAACGCUAUGCAGAAGUUAAAAUCCCAUGGAUUAGUGUUAAAACAGAGGUGCCAUCACAAGUGAAGCUCAUGGAUAUAGUCUCAAAGAAGCACCCUGUGGAUACACUGUUCUUCUUGGCCAGUGUCUGGACAGAAAUCAACAUGGAGUUCCUGAACCGCUGUCGCAUGAAUACCAUCAGCAACUGGCAGGUCUUUUUUCCUGUGCAUUUCCAGGAGUUCAACCCUGCGCUGGUGUACCGUGGUGAGCAGACAGCUUCCUCCAGCACUGACUUCCUGAGGGAUGGGCAUUUUGACAGACAUUCCUUUGCUGAGGCCUGCUUUUAUAAUUCUGACUAUAUGACAGCACGUACCAAGCUCGCAGCCGAUAUCCUGGACCGAGAUGAGGUGCUGGAGAGCAUGGAGGUAUUUGAUGUCUUCCUCCACUAUUCUGGUCUGCACCUGUUUAGGGCUGUGGAGCCAGGGCUGGUGCAGAAGUACACCCUGAGGAGCUGCAACCCCCGGCUCAGUGAGGAGCUGUACCACCGCUGUGUGCUCAGCAACUUGGAAGGACUCGCGUCCCGCUCACAUUUGGCCAUGGCCCUCUUUGAGCAGGAACAGGCCAACAGCACUUGAGAGAUGGAAACAUCAAGAGCUUCUUAGCACCUUAACACUUGGCACUUUCCAUCCCCUUUCCAGCCUUGCCAUGGGUGAAGGGCAUGUGAGGUCAAGGGAGGAGGAAGACUUUCUGGGCCCCACUCUGAGGCACACGGGCUAUGGAGAGAGGCUGUUUCUGUGGAGGGGGUUUGGUUUGUUUGUUUUGGGUUUUUUUAAUAAAUUUAAUUUUCUUUCCAGGCA